GUGAGUUCAUCGCAGGUCCUGUACGGACAGGGAAACCACAGGUGGAGGGUGAAGAUCUGAGCUAUAUUAAUGCUCCAGACAUAAGAGAAGAAGAGACAGACAUGAGCGGUCAUGAGCAAUAUAAUGACAUUCCUACAGGGAAACAUCUGAACUAUAUUAAUGCUACAGUCAUAAAGGAAGAAGAAGAGACAGAUGUGAGCGGUGAGGAGCAGUGUAAGGAGGACAUUCCUACAGGGAAAGAUCUGACCUAUAUUAAUGCUACAUUCAUAAAGGAAGAAGAGACAGAUGUGAGCGGUGAUGAGCAGUAUAAGGAGGACAUUCCUACAGGGAAAGAUCUGAUCUAUAUUAAUGCUACAGACAUAAAGGAAGAAGAAGAGACAGAUGUGAGCAGUGAUGAGCAAUAUAAGGUGGACAUUCCUAGAAGUAACCACCCAGGUUACUAUACCAGGAACACAGAGGGACAUCUGAUACCUUUAUACUAUAAAGCAGAUGAUGAUAUCACACAAGAUACAUAUGAAGAACAUUCCAUUAUCCCAGAUACACCCUCAGCCCUUCACAGCCAAGAUCUGUCAUCUCAUCCUGUUAUACCCGUCCUGUCUUCUCAUUCAUCAGAGAAUGUUAUACAAAAUAAAAAACAUAGAAGGGUCGUUGGACAUCAAAAAGCUUAUACUAAGGAGAAACCAUUUUCAUGUUCAGAAUGUGGGAAAUGUUUCACUCAGAAAUCAUCUCUUGUUACACAUCAACAAACACACAGAGGAGAGAAGCCAUUUUCAUGUCCAGAAUGUGGAAAAUGUUUUACUUAUAGAUCAUCUUUUCUUAAACAUGGAAAAAGCCACACAGGAGAAAAGCCAUUUUCAUGUUCAGAAUGUGGGAAAUGUUUCACUCAGAAAUCAUCUCUUCUUACACAUCAACAAACUCACACAGGAGAGAAGCCAUUUUCAUGUCCAGAAUGUGGAACAUGUUUUACUUAUAAAUCAUCUCUUCUUAAACAUGAAAAAACCCACACAGGAGAGAAGCCAUAUCUAUGUCCAGAAUGUGGAAAAAGUUUUACUCAAAAAUUUUAUCUUGUUGAACAUCAAAAAACCCACACAGGGGAGAAGCCAUUUUCAUGUUCAGAAUGUGGGAAUUGUUUCACUCAGAAAUCAUCCCUUCUUAUACAUCAAAAAACUCACACAGGGGAGAAGCCAUUUUCAUGUCCAGAAUGCAGGAAAUAUUUUGCUCAAAAAUCACAACUUGUUAAACAUCAAAAAACUCACACAGGAGAGAAGCCAUUUCUAUGUCCGGAAUGUGGAAAAUAUUUUGCUGAAAAAUCGACUCUUGUAGAACAUAAAAAAACUCAUACAGGAGAAAAGCCAUUUAUAUGUCCAGAAUGUGGGAAAUGUUUUGCUCGAAAAAUAGGACUUGAUAAGCAUAGAAAAACUCACGAAGGAGAGGAGCCAAUUCCAUGUCCUGAAUGUAGAAUAUGUUUUACCAAUAAAUCGCAUCUUGUUGAACAUCGAAGAACUCACACAGGAGAGAAGCCAUUUCUAUGUCCGGAAUGUGGGAAAUGUUUUGCUCAAAAAUCAUCCCUUGUACAACAUCAAAGAACUCACACAGGAGAGAAGCCAUUUUUAUGUUCAGAAUGCGGAAAGUGUUUUACUCUGAAAUCAAAUCUUGUUAAACAUCAAAGAACUCACACAGGGGAGAAGCCAUUUCUAUGUCUAGAAUGUGGGAAAUGUUUUAGUCAAAAAUCAAAUCUUGUGGUACAUCAAAGAAUUCACACAGGGGAGGAUUCACACAGGGAAGAAAAUCACACAUUUAAUGUACAAUAUGUGUGAAGUCUUUUUGGACAAAAUCACGUCUAAUGACACAACCAAGAACUCAAACAGGAAAAAUAUAACAUGUUGUUAUUAACCCCUUCACGCUCAGGGAUGUACUAUUGCGUACUGUGAGUAUGAAGGGUGUGUGGAGAAUGUUCUAGACCAAAGCCCUCUCCAUACCCAGUGGCUCCUGGCUGCUAAAAGCUGACACAAGUGAUCUCUGUGAUGACUACAGUGGUCCCUCAACAUACGAUAGUAAUUCGUUCCAAACGACCCAUCGUUUGUCGAAUCCAUUGUAUGUUGAGGGAUUCGUGAAAUGUAAAAAGUGCAUUUAAUACUCACCUGUCCCGGCUAUCCGGCAGCAGCUUAAGCAUUUUGCGCUGUCGGAUAGCACUUAAUGCGAUGGCCCCGACAUAUAAAAGCAUCGUAUGUCGAUGCUGACAUCGACAUGCGAUGGCCUCUGAGAGGCCAUCAUAUGUUGAUUUGAUCAUAUGUUGGGGCCAUCGCAUGUCGGGGGGUUACUGUAUUUAACUGUUGAGAUGUUAUUAUUAAAGGAGUACUCCAGUGGAAAACAAAUGUUUUGAAUCAACGGGGGCCAGAAAGUUAUACAGAUUUGUAAAUUACAUAUAUAUAUAUAUAUAUAUAUAUAUAAUUUUAUUCCCCCUCCCAAUAGUAAAAAGUUUAAAAAAAAUAAAAAUAAAAUGCAUAUUUGGUAUUGCCACAUGAGGAAAUGUCCAAACUAUUAAAGUAUACUGUUAAAAUAUGUUACUGGAACCUCACGGGGAACGACAUAAAAAAAUUCCCGAAUUGUGUGUUUUUUGUCAU